AUGUGUCGAGAUUGCAAUUUUACACUGCCUGAACUCUUCGAAUACCUCCUAUCGAAAGGUGUAUACGCUUGUGGAACUUUCAGAAGCAAUCUCAUAAACUUUCCGAAAGAUAUAAUCGUAUCGAAAAUUGGUUCAGUUCCAAGGGGCACUAGCGACUGGAGAGUUUCGGGCCAAUUAUUAGCACAAUCCUGGGUGGAUAAUAAGGUGGUAUACUUUCUUUCUACAAUUCACAAACCCGAAUAUGAUAAAGAGUACGUGGGGAAAAAGACCGUAAAAAGAAGAGCUGGGCGAAGGAGAUCAUCUAGAUUUGUAGAAAUAACGUGUCCACCUUUACUUAAAGAUUACAACGCUCAUAUGGGGGGCGUGGAUCUUUCGGAUCAAAUGCGAAAAUAUUACAACUUGACGAGACGAUCGAAGAUAUGGUACAGGCGUGUGUUUUCGUAUUUGGUCGAAGUUGCAAUUCACAAUGCAAGAGUCAUAUGUGAGAACUUGUCAGGGAAGCGAUGGAGUGGUGGUGUUGGAUUCAGGGAAGAGCUUGUCGCCUCUCUUAUUGGUAGCUAUAGAGCAUCACGGAGAAUAUCUGAAUCGCUAUCUAGUUCAUCCCAUCAUCCCAGACUCAUGAAUGUAGGACAACAUAUCCCAUUAGUCGAACGGAAUCAGGUGGUCUGCCCUGUAUGUUCGAGAAAGAACAAGUUGGAAAACUCAGGAGAAAAGACGUAUGUUUCGAGGAGUCGGGUGAAAUGCAUCGAAUGUGGAGUUCAUCUUUGUAUGACUUAUGGCAAAACUUGCUUUCGGGAUUGGCAUACCAAAAUUGAGUAUUGGAGGUAG